GAUUAAUACCACACUACUCUUUCAUUGACAAAACUAGCAAUGGAUAAUUUCACAUGUUCAUUGGCACUCUCUAGCGCAAUUGUAGCUCUAGUAUAUGUCACCUCGAAAUUCUUGACUUGGAUAUGGAUUAGGCCAAAGAAGCUGGAGAUAUUCCUUAGACAGCAAGGUUUCCAUGGAAACUCUUACAAGCUUUUCCAUGGAGACUCAGCAGAUAUAAAGGGAGCUACGAGAGAAGCCAUGUCCAAGCCCAUCAACUUCUCCAACGAUAUUUUUCCAAGAGCAAGCCCCGUCUACCACAAAGCUGUACAAAAAUACGGUGAGAAAUGCUUUGUCUGGUUUGGGCCAAGACCCGCAGUAGUCAUCUCGGAUCCUGAACUAUUUCGAGAGAUCAUGUCCAAGAAUUAUGUUUUCCAGAAACCUCAUAGCCUACCAGUUAAAAGACUGAUUGCAAGAGGGCUGGUGUCGCUCGAGGCUGACAAAUGGAGCAAGCACAGAAAGCUCAUUAAUCCGGCAUUCCAUGUCGACAAGUUAAAGCAUUUGGUUCCAUCGUUUUACUUGAGCUGUGGUGAAAUGUUGAGCAAAUGGGAUGAGAUUAUGGGAAAUGAAGGAUGUGGUGAAGUGGAUGUUUGGCCCCAUCUUCAUACAAUGACGAGUGACGUGAUUUCAAGAACUGCGUUUGGGAGUAGCUACGAGGAAGGGAGGAAGAUAUCGCAUCUACAAAGCGAACAAGCCAUGUGUAGCGUAGGAGCGGAUCGAUCAGUUAACAUCCCGGGAUACAGGUUCUUACCCACAAAAGUUAAUAUGAAGGUGAAACAAAAUAGGAAGGAAAUUGAAUCAUUAGUGCUAGGAAUCAUCAACAAAAGAAUGAAAGCAACCGAAUCCGGGGAAGAUCACCAUGACUUGUUGGGAUUACUAUUGCAAUCCAAUUCAAAGGAAAUGAAACAAGGAAACGAGUUCGGAAUGAGCAUCAACGAAGUGAUCGAAGAGUGCAAAAUCUUCUACUUUGCCGGCCACGAGACCACUGCGACCCUGCUGGUAUGGACAAUGAUCCUUUUAAGCAACCAUGACGACUGGCAAGGCCGUGCAAGAGACGAGGUUCUUCAAGCCUUCGGGAGAGGCAAACCAGACUAUAAACAACUAAACAACCUCAAAAUUGUGACCAUGAUCUUGCACGAGGUGCUGAGGCUGUAUCCGCCGGCAGCCAUGCUAAGUCGUUGCAUUCAAAAGGAGAUCACGGUGGGGGAGAAGGUGAGGCUCCCGGCCGGAGUGGAGCUCAUGUUUCCGGUGAUUAUGUUGCAUCAGGACCCCAGGAUUUGGGGGGAUGAUGCGAAGGAGUUCAAGCCGGAGAGGUUUGGGGAUGGCGUGUCCAAGGCGGGUGCGCGGGAGGAGCAGGCAGCGUAUUUUCCUUUUGGGUGGGGGCCGAGGAUAUGCAUUGGCCAGAACUUCGCUAUGUUGGAAGCUAAGAUGGCGAUCGCGAUGAUUCUGCAGCGUUACUCUGAUAGGGUCUUCGAUUUAGUGAAUCUCGCUGAAAAUCAUCUCCAGUAUCUUUAUCUUAUUUGAUUUAGUAUCUUUUAUUUUAGUUAGUUAAUUUCCAUAUCUUUUGUAAUCUUUUAUUUUAAUUAUUUUGCUUGACUAGCAAGAUAGGUUUAGAGUUUAGAAUUCUAUAAAUUAUAGAAUUCUCUAGUAUUUUGAUUCAUUGAGAAAUAAAGUUAAAACUUG